AUGUCACCGGACAGCAACACAAUGUUCGAGGAAAAACUCAUCGUUGGUGUGGCUUCGGCCUGCUCCAUCCUGGCCAUCGCUGCCUGCUUGAUCGUGGUCCCGUCGCUCUACAACACCAUCAACGAGAUUCACGAUGAGGUCCUCGAAGCUGUUUCUGUGUUCCGCGUCGAGACUGACUCUGCCUGGAGCCAAAUGAUGGACUUCCAAGUCACUGUCGCACCACCGUCAAAGCCUCGUGAGAAUCCAUUCGGCUCCAUCUUCCGAUCGAAGAGACAGGCCGGUCUUCCUUCUUACUGCCAGUGCACGACUCCAACGGUCAACUGCCCACCUGGACCACCUGGACCUCCUGGACGACCUGGAGCGCCUGGACAGCCCGGAGCACCUGGUCAACCUGGCAACGACGCCACUACCACCUACCGUCCCAUCAUUUGCAACGGUCCCCUCAUCCCCUGUGUUCAGUGCCCAGCUGGUCCUCCAGGACCACCAGGACCGAGUGGAGCUCCUGGAAACAAAGGACCUGAUGGCAACCCAGGACGUCCUGGAGGACCCGGAAAUGAUGGUGGUCCAGGUCCAGCUGGACCUCCCGGAGAUGCUGGAGCACCAGGAAACCCUGGAUCUGCUGGACAGCCUGGAGAGCCUGGAAGACCUGGUACUAGUGGAGCUGGAACUCCUGGAAGACCAGGACCUGCUGGACCAAUUGGAGCUCCAGGAAAAGCCGGAGGACGCGGAAAUGAAUGGCGCUCCUGGAAAUGCAGGACCACCUGGUCCAGCUGGUCAGCCAGGAGGACCAGGAAACCCUGGAAGAGAUGGUCAGCCCGGAAGAACUGGAAAUCCCUGCUCGUCCAGGAGGCGAUGCUGCUUACUGCCCAUGCCCACCUCGCUACGCCAAAGCUGCUGCUCGUCGUGCUCGUGUCUGAUCUUCUGCAUUUCAAUAAAUAUUCUAAUCUAUUGCAGUUUCUUGACCGUCAACUAGCUCAACAUCACUAA